GCAAAUCCUAAAGACAGUACCGGAAACGUGCCAGAACAGAUUCCAUAGUUGCGGUCCUCUAAAUCCUUCAUCCAAAACACUCAUCGAACAAGGCCAGUUCUGUACAGUACUGUCAAAUCCCUUGGCAAAAUUGUGUCUUGUUAGUAUGGGUCCCUGCACAGAUGAAGAUUUCAAAUCCGUCAAGACACAGUCCUGUUCAGAAGAACAUAACUCUCCCUCUCCUACCCAACAGACACAAGCACCUACCCAACAGACACAAGCACCUACCCGACAGACACAAGCACCUACCCAACAGACACAAGCACCUACCCAACAGACACAAGCGCCUACCCAACACAUCCAGAGCGUCAAUCAAAACAACACUGCGUUGUUUGAGCAAAUCCUAAAGACAGUACCCGAAACGUGCCAGAACAGAUUCCACCUUUGUGGUUCUUUAAAUCCUUCAUCCAAAACACUCAUCGAACAAGGCCAGUUCUGUACAGUACUGUCAAAUCCCUUGGCAAAAUUGUGUCUUGUUAGUAUGGGUCCCUGCACAGAUGAAGAUUUCAAAUCCGUCAAGACACAGUCCUGUUCAGAAGAACAUAAUUCUCCAUCUCCUACCCAACAGAGCCAAACCCCUGAGCAAGAGACACAAGCACUUGCUCAACAAACCCAGAGCCCCGAUCAAGGCAACAACACAUUAAUCAACAACUUACUUAGCACACGAUCUCAGGAGUGUCAGGAUACGUUCAGGGUGUGUGGAUCUCAACAAACCGCUGCCAAAGAGCUAAUGGAAAAAGGAGAAUACUGUAAAGCCUUAUCUGACCCAAUUGCUAAAUUUUGUCUUGUGGACAUAGGCAGCUGCACGGAGGAUGACCUUGCAUUUGCCAAGAAAGCAGUAUGUACAGAAGACGUUUCACCAUCCACCACUCCACAAACACAGAGCCCCAGCCAAAACAACACUGCGUUGUUCGAGCAAAUCCUAAAGACAGUACCCGAAACGUGCCAGAACAGGUUCCAUACUUGCGGCUCUCUAAAUCCAGCAUCCAAAACACUCAUCGAACAAGGCCAGUUCUGUACAGUACUGUCAAACCCUUUGGCCAAAUUGUGUCUUGUCGGAAAGGACAUUUGCACAGAUGAAGAUUUCAAAUCCGUCAAGAAACAGUCAUGUUCUCCUACCCAACAGACACAAGCACCUACCCAACAGACACAAGCACCCACCCAAAAGACACAAGCAUCUACCCGACAAACGCAGAAUCCCAACGAAGGUAUCAAGUUAUUCGAUCGCAUACUUAGCCCAUUACCCAAAGCGUGUCAAGACUCAUUUCACACUUGCGGUUCUUUGAAUCCUGAAAGUACAAAACUCAUAGAACAAGGCCAGUACUGCACAGUAUUAUCAAACCCUGUGGCAAAACUUUGUCUUGUAGACGUGGGUAGUUGCACAGAGAAAAACUUUGAAUACGCAAAGGGGGAAGUUUGCAAACCACGGGCCGCCACCUGUCAAGAGACAAACAUAAUCUGCCCGAAGGUAGACAACACGGCACAGACGGUGAAAGGUGACGGAAAGAGCGUGCUUGUUUCCGUUCUUGUACAGGUCCCCUAAUUGUAACACAAACAAAACAACGCCACUUUAAGGCACAGGAUGUGAUUUUCAAAAGGGAACUGUGACCUUGUUAUGUUGUUGUUAUUGUUUUUUUGGUUUUUUAAAAAUCUAAGCAGACACAUUCAUCCAGUAUAUCUAGUGAUCUAUGACUAUCAAUCAGAUUACCUCUUUACAUGUAUGUCUACAAAUCUAACCAUGUUUCUGUCCGUCUACACUUUCCAUUAUGUCUACAUGUAAGAGAAGUAAAAGGAAACAAUAAGGGCCAGUUUUGACUAGAGUUAAUUUUCUAAUUUGUUUUUAGAAACUACAUGCACGUGCAUGUAUGCCAACAUUCAGCUGCUUUCAGCUACAUUCCAAGGCCCAGCAGUUUUUUCCCCCAUCUCUUACAAAAUGGAAGGGUCAACAGCAUGCCCUGGCACCUGUGGUUUUAUGCGUGUCGAAUGUUUGGACCUUCAUCUAAAUAAGUGGUAUGAAUGAUUGAGACAGUAUAUAGAAAUACAAACACUUUAAAAGGAA